AGUGACCCAAUCUGAGGUAGCCUACAACCUGUAAAGAGAAAUAGUGAUGAUUUUAUGGGGAUAUGGAAGUUCCAGUUGCCAUGAUUAUGAGCGGGAAACAUAUUUUAAGUUCACAGUGGAGUCCCUAAGCAGAUUUGAUAGACACUGCCCUAAUUCACUGAACUAUAGGUAGGAGGAGGAGGCACAACAUAAUCAGUUGAGAUUCUGUUAUAGCGAUUCUUAAUAAAAGUAGUCCUGUGGAGUUGAUUUCUUAGUCUGAUUACAUAGUGGGGCUGAUUCAUCCUACCUGAUGGACUGGAAGAACUGGAAGAACAUCAGGCUACCAUGAUGCAUUGCACAUUUUGUCAAUAUGCCAUGUACAACAUUUGCCACAGUGAUACAUUGCACAAUAUUUGUCUUGACACCAUGUAUCUGAGUCAAAGUCCACUGGGGCUACAUUUUCCAAUGUAACUUUCAUCCUGAGGACUGGGAUGGUAUAUAGCAGACUCUGAUGGUAGAGUGCUAUCUAGCAUGAUUUCAUCUACCUCUGAGUUUGAGCCAAGUCUUCUUGGUUGCUUUGGGAGUGGAGAGAAUGUAAGAAACUUGAUCCAGGAAGUUUUAGUGUCUCAGUGGAGGAAUCCUGAUGAAGACAGUGAUGUAGCUUCUUUGUAAGACUUUUUCUUUGGAAUCAUCCAUUUUAGACAACUGCCAUCUGAACUACAAUCUUUUCUUGUUUUUAAGAUUUGAGUUACCAAGAGAAUUGUGUCCUCAGAAAGCUUGGGACCACAUCAAACUGACCUAGGCAAAAUAACAUCAAGAAGCAACUACUGAUAGGAUUUCCUAUCAUUUUUCCUAUCCAACUGUUGGAGGAACCAUCUAACACCAGCCUUCAAGACCAGGUCUGUGCAAGCAGUUCAGCAUUGAAAAGAAAAGAAUUUAAGCGUAUAUAUAUAUACGUAAGGCAACCAGUGUUUAGCAGAUAGAACGCAAUUCAGUGAGGUUACACUACCAUUGGCAAUAGCUGACAUAGCUGAAAAGAUGACAUUCAUUGUAUUUAUCCUGAUGUUUACACUGACUUUGGUUGCUCACAGAGCAGCAACACAAGAAAUAAGAAUAAAUGAGCACUUCGUGGAAUGUCAGUGGUCUUCAGAUAAUUCAGCACUUCCCCAAAACCUGAUGCUCAUCUGCGACACAUCUGAAAGUCAGCAUGGAUUGGUUUAUUGGAAGAAAGGCUCGAAAUGGGCAGGAAAUGGCAGGACUUUGACAGUAAGAGUCAGAGGGACUCCAGAUGCUGGCAAUUAUACCUGUUGGAGUAACACUACACAUGAGCUUCUAAGUUCCAAUGCUGUUUACAUUACAAAGAAGAAUGAAAAAGGAGAAAUAGAUGAACCAAUUCUCAAGAAAGAUCCAGAGAAAAAGGCCUAUUUCUACUGUGAAGCAAAUAAUUAUUCGGGGAACUUCACAUGCUUUUGGAAAGUGCAGAGUCAAAAUCCAAACUUAAAAUUUCGGAUUGAAUAUGAAGAUGAAAAUCAAACAAAGUCUGCAUCAGGAACAGUAAUUUGUGACAUUAAUUCUGAGACAACAAACACAGAAUAUUCGGCUUCCUGCAGAAGAGAAAAUCCCUGUUCAUAUACUGAGGAGUAUGAACCAAUUGUAGUGUUUCUUCAUGUUUUUUUGACGGAUGUAUUUGUCUAUGAGAAACAUACCAGACAUUUCUUCAUCAAGGACAUCCUAAAGCCGGAUAUCUCUCUGUGCCAGGUUACCAGAAAUGGCACAUUGAUUUUGUUACAUCCUGCAACCUGGAGCACCCCAGUUUCUUAUUUUGGGCUUACUUACCAGAUCAAAACGGUUUUCAACAAUAAUGAAGAGAUUUCUGAAGUUGAUCAUUCAUCAUUACUUCAUCAUGGAGACAUCAUGACCAUUACUAAGAAACUGUGUUGCUAUUCUGGUUACCGCUGCUUAAUUCGAUCCCGGGAUCAUUAUAACAGCCAUUCUGCUUGGAGCAAUUGGUCAAGUUGCAGAUACCGGAUCAACUAGAGGAAUCUCAUAUGGGAUGAAUCAGACAAUUCCAUCUAUGAGAUCAGAAGGAAGUAAAAAAAAAUUGCAGGUGUCAGAACUGAAAAUAAACAUCUGCUGAAGUUUUUGUUAUACUUAUUUAUAGAUUGUUGUAAUUGUUAUUAUAUAUUUAUAAAGGACUUUUAAAAUUGAUGCUUUUAGAAUUGUAUCAGCUUUCUUUAUCUAGAAGCCUGUCCCCAAUAUUGGGACAAUAGAUCACAGAAUUCCCAGUCAGGAGGAUGGAAAAGUUCCAAGUCUAUGCAAUAUAAAUUGAGAAUUUUGUUACAGGAAUCUGUAGGAGAAAAUGUUUAAAGAAAAAAUAGUUUUUUUGUGAUUUUGUUUUUAUGUAAUAUUAUUUAAAAUAUUUUAAAGUCCUGUGGUAACUGAUUUCAUAUAUUUACUGUGUAUUUAUCUGAAUUGGUGGUGGAAAUUAAAUUUGCCUCCCUCAUUCUUGGUUUUCCAUAAGUUUUUAAAAACUGAAUUGUUUAGAGGAAUCUAUGGAGGAUGAAUUGAUACCAUUGGUUUGUUAUUGUUGUUAUUGAUGCUGUAUUGUAUUGUAUUGUAUUGUAUUGUAUUGUAUUGUAUUGUAUUGUACUGUACUGUAUUGUAUUGUAUUAUUUAAAAAUAUAUAUUAUGGAUAUUUG